UAUCUCCAGGAUUUACUGUCAAUAGUUUACUCCACCAAUACUGUCACCAAUUUUACUCCAAACUUCAGACAGAAAUUCCGCUACAAGAAAAAUACAUUUUUCUCACUGAUAUGUAAAAAAAUAUAGCUUUCUUAUUUCCGUAAUGACAUUUGUUUAAUAAUAUUUUAUUUAUAAAAUAUAGUGUGUACCGCAAUGGCUCAUUCCUUAAAAUGAAUCCCUAGAGAAACUAAUCGGUGACUCUUGUACUAUAGUAAGGACAAAUGCGUACAAAUGUUUUUAAAUGUGAGUAUUAUUACGACAAUCAUUUAUCGGAGUAUCUAAUAUAGUAAACAGAUGUGAGCACAUUUCUGGGCGACCAAAAUCAGCGACCUACGAAGCCGAUACGAGCACGAUAAUAAUUGAUGAUCGUGUCCGAGAAAUUCGCAGAUUAAUAUGCCAAAAAAACGAGUUUUCAUGAUUGAAACAAAUUUUUCAUUGAAUAACUCACGAUAAUUCAUAGAUAAGAGACGAUGCAACUGUGGGAUAAUGCAAAGUCACACUUAUAUGAUAUUACGGAGAUUGACGAUCCGUUAUCAUUUUGAGAUACAGGUCUUAUAUAAAAUAUCUGACAGCGUCCAAACUGCGCAUUGCUAGUGCAAGUAUGCUGCGAUCGGUUGCUCUAUUGGGCUUGUUGUCGGCUGUGGGUGCCUGGUUGAGGAUAGACCCGCUUGUUGAGACUCAACAGGGACUCAUCAGGGGACUGAGGUCCGAAAAUGGAAAGUUCUCGAAAUUUCUGGGCAUACCGUACGCACUAGUCGACGAAAAAAAUCCUUUCGGGCCAUCAGUACCACACCCUGGCUUCGAAGAGACAUUCGAAGCGUACGAUGAUUCUGUAGUUUGUCCUCAAGUUAUUAAAGUUACUAAAGUCGGAAUUGGUAGUCUCCAGUGCUUGAACCUGAACGUUUAUGUUCCAAACACGGCUACAUCGCGCAACAAGCGCCCCGUGAUGGUUUGGAUCCACGGAGGAGGCUUCACUACCGGCAGCGGGACAAGUAGAGACUACUCCUACGACGACCUGGUCCGACAUGACGUCAUCGUCGUAUCGGUCAACUACCGACUCGGACCCUAUGGGUUCUUAUGCUUGGACAGUCCCGAUGUUCCCGGCAAUCAGGGAUUGAAAGACCAAGUUCUUGCAUUGAAGUGGACUAAAGAAAAUAUCGAGGCAUUCGGCGGAGAUGCCUCUAAAAUAACCAUAUUCGGAGAGAGUGCUGGAGGCCAAGCGGUCGAGUUGCACCUACUGACCGACCAAGAUAAACUGUUCAAUCAGGUGAUUGUGCAGAGUGGCUCUAUUUAUAAGCCUGGGAUCAUCAAUAAGCCUGACAAUAGUGUCCCAAUACAAAUAGCGAGCCGGUUGGGAUUCGAAACUGAGGACUUCGUAGCGGCGAUAUCGUUUCUGGCCGAUCAAGACCCGCACCUUGUCGUGGCGGCUAGUACUUCCGAAGGCUCUACUGUAUUUAGCGGUAGCGCAUACAGAGCUUGCGUAGAAAACGAAUUUGAUGGGAUUCACAGUUACCUCUCUGAUUCUCCACAAAAUUUAAAGAUUAAAAACAUUCCCGUGAUUUAUGGAGUGAAUAGCAAAGAAUAUUUGACUUUGCAUGCUUCAUUAGUUCCGGAACAGUACGAAGUGUCAGGAUUUAAGUCCUUCCUAAAAUUGGCUUUCAACUUGACCGAUGAUGACAUGGAAGAAGACGUGAGACAUUUCUAUAUCGGAGACGAGACCCUGACUGAGGAGUUGUUCGAUGAAUUUAUAACUUUUGCAUCAGAUUAUUAUUAUGGUUACCCCGUCGAACGGUCCAUUAAGAAGUCAUUGGCUGACGGUAAUAAGGAAAUAUAUUACUACGUGUUCUCGUACGACGGAGGCAGAAAUGCCAUGAAGGAGUACCUUGGCAUAACGGCGGCGGGCGUUGCGCACGCGGACGAGCUCGGCUACCUGCUGGCCGUGGAUGCGGUCCCGGGACAACACAUCGCCGAGGAGGACCAACUGAUCAUCGACAGGAUCACUACUCUUUGGGCCAAUUUUGCUAAAUACGGCAACCCCACCCCUGAGCCGACGGACCUGCUGCCGGUCGUGUGGUCGACAGUAGAAGGUAACAAGCGGCCGUAUCUGGACAUCGACACCGACCUGCAGCUCAAAGGCAGGCCCUUCCACCAACGGAUAGCCUUCUGGGAUCUCUUCUAUAAGCUCUAUGGAGAAUACGAAAAAUAAAAUUUGUAUUCGUUAUGAAUAUAAUAAAAUAUGUGUUGUAGUUUCAA